AGCUUGUCAAUAAAAACUACAAAUGCUCUCUUUAUCCAUGAUGCCUUGCUGUCCCUGCAGAAGCUUGAGGAGCAGAUCUCUGAGCUCCCGGUGUGUUACGGUGUGGGUGCGGUGCUGUUGGACACAGAGCAGCUGAAGCUGGCGCUCACUCAGGAGGCUCGGCUGUGGAAGCGAGCCCUCGGCGACGCGCUGAACCGACGGGCGUCAGCUGAUAUGAACGACCUCUUCUCCUUUGUGGACGGGAUGACGAGGCGCCUGCAGCGUCCAAUCACAGACCUGGAGGACGUCCGAGAAACCAUGGCAGCGCUCAGAGAGGUGCGGGAGGCGGAGGUGCGCGUGGACGCCACCAUCGGCCCGGUGGAGGAAUCCUUUGCGUUGCUCAACAAACACGAUCUGCUCUUCACUGAUGGGAACGCCGAGCGCGUGGACGGCCUCACGUACGCCUGGAGGAACCUUGCUGCCCUGGUGGAGCAGAACCAGAACACUCUUGUGAGGAUCCAGCCCAGCAUGAAGGCUGAUCUGCUGUCUGCCGUGCAUAGCUUCCAGAGCCUCAUGCAGAGCUUCUGCAGCGCGUACAGCCUCAGGGGUCCGGGGACAGAGGGUCUGACUCCGGCUGAAGCCAGCGAUCGGCUGCAGGGUUUUCAGGCUGAGUUUGAUCAGCUGUGGAGGAAAUACACCACCUGCUCUGGAGGAGAGGAGCUGUUUGGACUGCCUGUUAAAGGUAUACUGUGUAAAAUUUGUCUGCAUUCAGACCAGUGGCGUAGCCAGGAAUUAUUGUGUGGGUGGGCCUGGAGAAAUGUAGGUGGGCCAGGGGGAGACUUAUUAAGCGUGGGGUCUGAGCUGAAACUUCAUUAAUGAUUUUA